GGCACCCAAGACGUAAACCUUGCAAACAUGGCGACGCUCCGAGGAGAGUACGGAGGUUGGAAAUACGACCGUUUUUAACCGAGAAAAUAACCUCCUCUUCGCAUGUUACAAUGUGGUGGGGUUAGCCAGAGCCACCGCACGCACAGCCUUUUAGACGAUGUUUGCAGAGGCCAGUCUGUCCAUCUGGGGAUGGGGGGGUCUUGGAGUCGUGCUGUUCCUCAUCACCUUUGGACCCUUUGCCAUAUUCUACCUGGCCUUUUAUAUUUUCUGCUUCAUUGGAGGGGGCUUUGCGGUCACUUUGCUUUAUGGAAAGAUCAACUCCGAGAAACACCUGGAGAAGUGCGAGCAAUCUUACUUGCCGCCCACACAAAUUGGUAUACUGAAGACAUUGGAUGAGAUGAAGCUGGAGAUUAGACCUAUAAAGAUUGACAGGAGACUGACGGGCUCCAGUUUCAUAGAUGAACCACUACAACAGGUGAUCCAGUUUGCGCUUAGAGACUACAUCCAGUACUGGUAUUACACUCUGAGCGAGGAUGAAUCCUUUUUAUUGGAGAUCAGACAGACGCUCCAGAAUGCCCUCGUCCAGUUCUCCACACGGUCCAAAGAGGUGGACUGGCAGCCUUACUUCACUACUCGCCUGGUGGACGACUUUGCCACCCAUUUACGUGUCUUUAGAAAAGCCCAGGAUCGCCUCGCCGACAGGGAGGACAAGCAAAGAGACAUAACAGAGGAGCUGGUGGACUCAUUCUUUGAGGCCGAGGUGGAGAUGGAAAGAAAGAUUUGUCGAGACGUCGUAUGCACCUCACACAAAGACGAAGAAGGUUUUCUUCGGGACUUGUGCGAGCUGCUUCUGUAUCUGUUACUACCUCCUGGAGAUUUCCACAACAAGAAUAUGAGAUACUUCCUGAGGGAGGUGUUGGCGCGUGGUGUGUUACUUCCUCUGAUCAACCAGCUGAGCGAUCCCGACUACAUCAAUCAAUUUGUUAUCUGGAUGAUUCGGGACUCCAGCUGUAACUAUGAAGCCUUCAUGAACAUCCUGAAGUUAACGGACAAACCUGCUGAGCUGGAGGCUGUAAAAGACAAGGUGCUGGAGGAGCUGCAGUAUCUCCGCUCCCUGGACACAGCUGGAGAUGACAUCAACGUGAUUAAGAACCAGAUUAACAGUCUUCUGUUUGUGAAGAAGGUGUGUGAGACCAGGAUCCAGAGACUUCAGUCUGGCAAGGAAGUCGAUGCCUUAAAGCUGGCAGCCAACUUUGGCAAGCUGUGCGUGAUCCCUCUGGAUCACAUCCUCAUCCACAACAUAGCCCUGCAGUUCUUUAUGGACUUCAUGCAGGCAGCGGGGGCCCAGGCAGAACUGUUCUUCUGGCUUACCGUGGAGGGAUACAGGGUGACGGCGCAGCAGCAGCUGGAGGCGAUGCAGGGCUGGCAGAAAGACGGAGGCAAAAAGCAGCCCAGUGCCACCAAGGGGCUGCUGAAGGCUGCAGCACUCGGUGUCUAUGAACAAUACCUCUCUGAAAAGGCGUCUCCCAGGGUGCAGGUGGACGAGGAAUCGGUUACAAAACUGGGGGAGAAGUUACAGAAAGACGACCCCACGCCAGAGAUAUUUGAUGAAAUUCAAAGAAAAGUAUAUGAUAUGAUGCUACGUGAUGAGCGCUUCUACCCAUCCUUCAAGCAGAGUCCUCUCUACGUCCGCAUGCUGGCAGAGCUGGACAUGUUGAAAGAGCCAAGCUACCGAGGGUCUGAUGAUGGCGAUGGAGAAUCCUUCAAUGGUUCUCCCACAGGAAGCAUAAACCUCUCCUUGGACGACUUGUCCAACUCCUGCCAUGAUGAAACUAUGCAGCUACAUGCCUUCAUCUCAGACACAGCUGAUGCUUGUCUCCCGGGCUUCUGGGGUGCUGCAGGGGUUUGCAAUGACCACGGUAAGACCUACGCGCUGUACGCCAUCACUGUGUUCAGACGCAACCAAGACGGCAGUGAGGAGUGCUGGAAGACUUACCGCCGCUACUCGGACUUCCACGACUUCCACAUGAGAAUCACUGAACAGUUUGAGAACCUGGCGUCAAUCCUCAAGCUUCCUGGGAAGAAGACCUUUAACAACAUGGACAGGGACUUCUUGGAGAAGAGAAAAAAAGACCUCAAUGCUUACCUACAGUUGCUGCUCAACCCAGAGAUGGUGAAGGCCUGCCCAACUCUGAUUCCCUAUGUGUAUGACUUCCUAGAGAACAAGAUCUACAGCAAGGGCAAAGGAGAGUUUGCACGAAAGAUAGACACGUUUGUAAAUCCUUUGCGAAGCUCCAUGAGGAACAUGUCUAACGCAGUAAAAGCUCUGCCAGACAGUCUGGCUGAAGGAAUGACCAAAGUCUCUGACAACAUGGGCCGCAUGUCAGAAAGACUUGGUCAGGACAUCAAACAAUCCAUAUUCAAGGUGCCUCCACUCCUCCCUAAGUCUGACAUCGACCCAGACCACUGUCGAGUCUCGGCCCAGCUUGAUGACAAUGUGGACGAUAAUAUCCCACUGCGGGUAAUGCUGCUGCUGAUGGACGAGGUGUUUGACCUUAAAGAGAAAAACCAAUGGCUGCGCAGGAACAUUAAGAACCUGCUACAGCAACUCAUCAGGGCCACAUAUGGAGACACUAUCAACAGAAAAAUCGUGGAUCAUGUGGACUAUUUGACAUCACCAGAGCAGGUGGCAGACUACGUCAAAAAGUUCAGGGAUUCCUACUGGCCCAAUGGUAUUCUAGCCGAGACCCCGCCACGCCGGGACAAGAGCAUCCGCAUGAGGACACGAGUAGCUGCCAAGACAAGCCUGCUGGGGAUCAUGCCAGAUGAGCUGAAGCACAUCAUCGGAGCGGACACCACCAGAAAGGGCAUACUCCGCGUCUUUGACAUGUUUCAGUACCAACCCAUGAACCGCCGGCUCGUCUACGUUUUCCUGGAGGGCUUCCUGGAGACCAUGUUCCCUCAGUACAAAUUCCCCGAGCUCUUUGUCAAGCUGCACUCCCGUUCGCCGCGCAUCCACAGAUACGGUCAGAAACUCAAAUCGUCCUCCCUCAAGAGUGACAGGAAAGGACAGAGGCAACAGGACACGGGCCGACUAGACACACGGAGACUUUGACAGCUACGAGUGAGAGUGGGGGGGAUUGGAGUGAACGAUGAGGUAUGUGUGUGAUUUCUGCCCUUCCUCUUCCUUCGCACACUGCUGCCGGUGAAAACACUCCCAUUAUCCAGCCGAUUACUUCUGUCAAGACAGAACUGACGGAUGAACGACACACUCUGCCCUACUCUCACUCUGUGACACACACAAGCGCAGACACAAAUCCUAUCAUUUGCACCAAGACUGAACAUGGCAGUCUUUUCUUUUAGUUUAUAUAUUUCCCCCCCUCUUCCUUUUUGAACACUUUUAGUUGUGUUUAGCUUUAUCCUGGGCCAGCCAGUGCUGCUUUCUUACGGUCCAGAGAGCAGACCACAAAUACUGUAUUGUUUUUAACCUGCAGGACUAGAUAGCAUAGACCCACACCUUGCCUUACCUUCCUUCCCGCUUCUGUCUUCGGGCCGGCACAGUCGUCCAUCUCAGCGAACCGGCCGCUCAGCUGUAAUCAGACUUCCCCUCGUGCUGUAGGCAUUCGAGCUGCAAAAAGCACUUGUUACCUUUGCAAAUUCAGUUUCUGUUCUCAUAGCAACCAAAAAACGUCAAUAGCACUGGGUCAAAGAGGCGCUGUUUGUUUUUAAAAUGUGACUGAACAAAUAUGGGUCGAGGUUUUUUUUUUUUUUUUUUUAUUGUCGGCAUUUUUUGUUUUCUUUGAGCCUCAACGCUUGUCUUGAGAUUUUUCUUUUUCUCCUUUCUGUCUAAAGUGUCGUCUUUACCACCUUCCAAUGCAGGCCACCUCCCCUUUAAUGCUACUGUCAUAACCUGUGAUGACCAAAGCUCAUGCUGUUCAUGUACGUGUGUACGUGUGUACGUGUGUACGUGUGUGUGUGUGUGUGUGUGUGUGUGGUGUGUGUGUGUGUGUGUGUGUGUGUGUGUGUGUGUGUGUGUACUUUGGGAUACUCUAAAACAUUACUGUGCUUCAUAUCGCCGAUCAUGUGAAGAAGAAGGUGGCAGUGUCGACCUUUAAUGAUCUUAAAGGUGAGGCUGUGACGACACAUCGAAGAAUGUACUCUCUGGUCUAUUCUGUAUUCGGCUCGUGUAGACUUUUGUGCGAAUGUGCGUGAGUGUGUGUUUUAUCACGGAGAUGCAAACCUCUUCAGUCAGAAACUGUGCCAGUGUGAGCUAGUGAACCAGCCUUAAAAUCUAUAUUCAGUAUAAACUGACCAAGAGACGCACGCUAGCGGUAGCUCUCCUUCACACGACUGAACAUUACAAUGAAAUCAAGGUAGAGAUAUGGAGAUAUAUCCCUAAUCACUUUUAUCCUGAGAAAAUGUCUUUAAUUUGGUGCAAUAUUUUUUUUUUAUUGCAUGUGCAUUUUGAAUCAUUGUGUACUGCAAAUUGUAAUUCAUAUUGUUUUAAUGGUAGAAAACACAAGAGAAGUUUCCCCACAAACGUCUUCAUAUCCCAACAACUUAACAUUCCGUUGUUGUAAAAGUACAAUGUUUAUUUAACAGACUUGUUUUAUAAGUCUGAGUUUUGUUGUUCUUCUUUUUGGUGUGCGGGGUGGUAUUUUCCACUUAUCCCCCGCCCACUCUGACAGAAUCUGUGUUUCGAUUCGGCAGUGGUGGUAGAGAGGGGGGUGUUUUUCUGGCCCGGUGAUUAGCUCGUUGGGCUAGAGCUAGCUCUAGGCCCCCGGACAACUGCUUCGUUUUAACUCCUAAGCGGUGUUUUAUGCAUUCACGCCUGUUAUAUUGAGUGUGAAGAGAUCUUUGUUGUUCUGAACUUUCUGCUGGAGGACGCCCCACCUUUGCGUGUGCACCGCCCACCCAUCCGACAGGUUCACAGGAGUGACCUGCGACCAAUGGAAUCACUGCUAAUUAGCACUUACCGUAGCAACUGUGGGAGCCCCUCUCCCGUUGGCUGAACGGAGCCCCAUUCUGCUGCAGUCAUUGGAUGGAAACUCCCUCGUCUGCUGUGAUUCGCUUGCACUGAGCAGCCCUGGUGGACUCCGAUUGGCUGAGUUAGGAGGACAUGGACUGAUGCCUCUCUCAUUGGGAGGCGAAUGUGUUGUCCCCCACGAUGGAGAGAUGUCACCUUUAACUUUCUGCACACCUCUCCAUACAGGAAGGCUUGUCUUUUUUUUAACCCCAGUAUAUAUGAAUUCUAUGAUAAUGAAAAUUGUGCAUAUCUGUGUACAGUAUGUGUUAAUAGUGUGCCUAAAUGUACUGUCAACUCUAUUUUCAUAUUUUUCUUUAACCUAAAAAAAACAAAAUCAAUCAGAAUGUCAUGAUCAUUUUACGCGACUGAAAAUGACUUUAGGGUGUUUUUUUUGCAUCAUGCUUAUCAAACUUUUCCUUGUGAGCAGUUUGUGCUCAAAUCAGUAUAACACUAAUAAAAGGUAACUCAGACUAACUGA